CUUUCAACGAACAAAUCAAAAUCAAGAACUCGUAUCUUUAAAUCGCAAAUACAAAAUUCCCUCGCUGUUAGUCCAGUUGAAGAAAAUUAUUAAUCCACAUUCAAAUGACGUAAUCCCUAAUUUUAUUAACUUAAUUCCUCAUUAAGUAAUCCACGGUGUGCGGUGGUGCUGGGGUUUAAUAGGAAUAUGGGCAGUUACGAAGUCGGUAGUUCCUCCCAUGAUUGUCGCGAUGAAGAUGAUGAUGACGAGGAAUAUGAGGACGGUGGCGGCGGGGGUAACAGGUUGUUGGGGUUUAUGUUUGGGAAUGUCGACAAUUCUGGUGAUCUUGAUGUUGAUUAUCUUGAUGAGGACGCAAAGGAGCAUCUUGCUGCACUGGCUGACAAGUUGGGCUCAUCAUUGACUGAUAUAGAUUUGUCUGUAAAAUCACCAGAGCCAUCGGCUGAUGCUGCAGAACAAGAUUAUGAAGAGAAGGCUGAGAAUGCAGUUGAUUAUGAAGAUUUUGAUGAGCAGUAUGAGGGGCCAGAGAUUCAAGCUGCUGGCGAGGAGGACUAUUUGUUGCCAAAAAAGGAGUAUAUUUAUUCGCAAGCUGCUUUGGCUACAUUGAAGCCUACAAAUUCGGUGUUCGAUGAUGAAAAUUAUGAUGAGGAGGAAGAAGAAGAAGAAGAAGCUGGGAAGGAUCAUAUGGCUGUGGAUAAAACACUAGAAGUUCAGGAUAUAUCUUCAUCAGGUCAGCAGGAAAUUACUGUAAUUCCAGAAGAAUCAUCCCCGCAUGAUGGUGUACAACUUGAUUCUCUAGAUACUGAAAAUCUGGAUGCUGACUCGGAAGAUUUUGAGGAGGAGAUAUCAAAUGCUAUGGAGGAGCCUCCAGAUAGUAAAGGUUCUACACCAUUACCUGUUUUGUGUGUAGAAGAUGGCAUGGUGAUCUUACGGUUUUCUGAAAUAUUUGGUAUUCAUGAGUCCUUAAAGAAAGGGGAGAAAAGAGAUCGUAGAUACUCCAUCUACAAAGAAAGGUAUAAAUCUAUGGAUGCAUCAGAUAUUGUUGAAGAUGACGAGGAAGCAUUUUUAAAGGGCUAUGGUCAAGUAUUUCAGGUGCACUCGCAUGUGAACCGAUAUGACAAAGCAGUAUAUCAUGAUGGUGUCUUAGAGUCAGGAAAUGAUAUUAUGCAAGGUUCUGUUCAAAACGAGGAACAAAGGAGUUGUUGUCUCAGUGAAGAACCAAUGGACAAGGAUUUAUCAAUAAAUCUUGCCACAGGAUGGCAGUCUCCGUUAUUCUAUCCUCUUGAUCAGCAGGAUUGGGAAGAUAGAAUUUGCUGGGACAAUUCUCCAGCUGUUAGUGAUCAUUCUGUAGAGAGUUGUGAAUUAUCUGGACCUGAGUUUGUAGAUACAUUUGUUAAUGAAACUGAACAAGGUACUCAGCCACAAAAUCAUCAUCUGGAGUUUCCUGCAGAGCUGGAUGAGAAGAAUCAUAAUUAUUUUUUCCACAGCUCUCCUAUACUUGUAGAGUCAUUUGGCGCUGUAGAUUCUUCAGGACCUUCAGUCCUUCCAUUGUUAGAAACUAGAUGCCAUCCACAGCUUUUAAGGUUAGAGUUAUUAGAAGCAGAAAAGCAUAUUCAAGUUGACGGUGAAAGGGAGAAUAAUGCUGUGGAGGCGUUCCAAAAUGAUGCUUUUAAGCGUUUCAGCAAACUCACGCUACAAAAUAGAGAUAUCAUGGAAGAUGCUUGGCUGGACAAUAUAAUAUGGGAAUCCAAUAAAACUAGCGUGAAGCCUAAGCUAAUUCUUGACCUUCAGGAUGAGCAGAUGCUUUUCGAAGUUCUGGAUAACAAGGACAGUGAACAUCUGCAACAUCACGCCGGGGCAAUGAUUAUGACCCGAUCUUUAAUGCCCAGGGGUUCACCAGAGCUAUCUGGUCAUGGAUACGAGUCUGGUUGGCGAUUCAAUAUUGCCAAUGACAAGUUCUAUAUGAAUAGAAAAAUCUCCCAGCAGUUGCAAUCAAAUUCUACCAAACGGAGUGCUUAUGGUACCAGAGUUCAUCAUUCAGCACCUGCAAUUAAGCUGCAGACGAUGAAAUUGAGAUUGAGCAAUAAAGAUUUAGCUUACUUCCAUCGACCAAAAGCUUUAUGGUAUCCCCAUGACAAUGAGGUGGCUGUCAAAGAACAAAAGAAACUGCCUACACAAGGACCAACGAAAGUUUUAGUAAAGAGUUUGGGAGGCAAAGGAAGUAAAUUACAUGUGGAUGCUGAGGAAACCGUCUCUUCUGUUAAAGCAAAGGCUUCAAAGAAGCUAGAUUUCAAGCCUUCAGAAAUGGUAAAGCUUUUUUAUCUGGGGAAGGAGCUUGAAGAUCAUGAAUCUCUUGCUGCGCAAAAUGUUCAGCCAAACUCUUUACUUCAUCUUGUUCGCACCAAACUUCAUUUGUUGCCGAGGGCACAAAGAAUUCCGGGUGAGAACAAGUCUCUGCGUCCUCCGGGGGCAUUUAAGAAGAAAUCAGACCUGUCUGUAAAAGAUGGUCAUGUCUUCCUUAUGGAGUACUGUGAAGAAAGGCCUCUAUUAUUGAGCAAUAUUGGCAUGGGGGCAAACCUAUGCACAUAUUACCAGAAGUCAAGCCCCAAUGAUCAAACUGGUGUCACUUUGCGCAAUAAAAACAACAGCUUGGGGAAUGUUGUAGUACUAGAGCCUACUGAUAAAUCUCCAUUUCUUGGAGAUAUAAACACUGGUUGCAGCCAAUCAGCGCUUGUAACAAAUAUGUAUAAAGCACCCAUUUUCCCUCACAAGGUUGCAUCCACUGACUACUUGCUAGUGCGCUCUGCAAAGGGAAAGCUCUCAAUUAGACGUAUUGACCGGGUUGCUGUUGUUGGGCAGCAGGAGCCCCUUAUGGAGGUAUUUUCUCCUGCGUCUAAGAAUCUUCAGGCAUAUAUCAUAAACAGGUUAUUGGUGUAUGUGUACCGUGAGUUUCGAGCUGCUGAGAAGCGUGGAGCAGUUCCCUGGAUCCGUGCAGAUGAAUUGUCUGCUCAGUUUCCAAAUGCUUCAGAAACAAUUUUGCGAAAGAAGCUCAAAGAAUGUGCUGUGCUGCGGAAGGAUACAAAUGGACAUCUGUUUUGGUUCAAGAAGCGUGAUUUCAUUGUUCCGACUGAAGAGGAUCUGAAAAAGUUUGUAUUACCAGAGAAUGUCUGUGCCUAUGAAAGUAUGCAAGCUGGCUUGUAUCGACUCAAACACUUGGGAAUUACAAGGCUAACUCUCCCCACCAGUGUUUCAACUGCAAUGAGUCAGCUACCUGAUGAAGCUAUAGCUCUAGCUGCUGCAUCACACAUAGAGAGGGAACUGCAAAUUACUCCAUGGAGCCUUAGCAGCAAUUUUGUAGCUUGUACAAACCAGGAUAGAGAAAAUAUUGAGCGUCUCGAAAUUACAGGAGUUGGCGAUCCUUCAGGUCGAGGCCUAGGAUUUAGUUACGUUCGUGCUGCUCCAAAAGGACCAGUGUCAAAUGCAUUGGCUAAGAAAAAAGCAGCUGCUCGAGGAAGUACUACUGUUACCGGAACAGAUGCCGACCUUCGUAGAUUAAGCAUGGAGGCGGCUCGGGAAGUUCUUCUCAAGUUCAAUGUUCCUGAAGAGCAGAUUGCAAAACAGACUAGGUGGCAUCGCAUUGCUAUGAUUCGCAAGCUUUCAAGUGAACAAGCAGCAUCAGGAGUGAAAGUUGACCCAACAACUAUUAGCAAGUAUGCACGUGGCCAACGAAUGUCCUUUCUUCAGUUACAGCAGCAGACAAGAGAAAAGUGUCAAGAGAUUUGGGAACGCCAAGUUCAAUCUCUUUCAGCAGUAUAUGGUGAUGAAAUUGAGAGCGACUCUGAAGCAAAUAGUGACCUAGAUUCCUUUGCUGGAGACUUGGAAAACUUGCUUGAUGCAGAGGAAUGUGAGGGGGAUGAGAGUAAUUACGAGUCCAAGAAUGACAAAGCAGAUGGUGUCAAGGGGAUAAAAAUGAGAAGACGUCCAUUACACGCUCAGGCAGAAGAAGCAAUUGAAGAUGAAGCAGCUGAGGCAGCAGAAUUAUGCAGAUUACUCAUGGAUGAAAAUGAGGCUGCGCAGAAAAAGAAGAAGAAACCAAAAACUAUAGGUUUUCAUACGGGAUUGGUACCUGGCUCAAAAUCAAAUUUUGUUUACAAUGCAGAACGCAUGAAGCAAAUUAACAAAGUUCAUCCAAAUGGGUCUUUUGUUCCGAUAGAAAGCAGCAUUAGAGACUCGAAGGAGGUGGAAACUUCUUUUAUUAAAAAGAAAACAUUUGAUAAGAUGAAGACUACAAAAAAGAACGGUAUUCCAGAAUCAAGCAGUACACCAGUUAUAGCUAAAGUAAAAAUAUUGAAUGAAGGAUUCAAGAUUUUUAAGGAAAAGAAAUCAUCAAGAGAGAAAUUUGUUUGCGGAGCAUGUGGUCAGCUUGGACAUAUGAGAACCAACAAACACUGCCCUAGGUAUAGAGAAGACCCUGAAGCUCAGAUUGACAAUACAGAUUUAGAAAAGUCUUUUGGAAGAUCAAAUUCUCUAGACCCCUCGAUUAAGUUGCAGCAAAAGUUGCAAAAGAAAAAGUCCUUGUCGAAAACUACACCCAGAGUUGAAGAUGCAGAAGGUGAAAAAUCUAGUUUGAAGGCAAAAGCUCUACCAGUUAAGUUUGUGUGCGGCUCCACCGAUAAAAUUUCUGAUAAACCUGUUGAUGGAGCUGGACAAAGUACUGAAAGACCUACUACUUCUGAUGUACGUCCUGUCAGUUCUGAUAUGGAAACUGGGAGUAAGCUUGUUGGUAAGAUUAGUAAGAUAAAAUUAUCUAACAAGGCAAAACCUGAAGAUGCACAAGUUGAUUCGCGCAAACCCUCCAUUGUGAUACGCCCUCCAAUGGACUCAGAUAGAGGCCAAAACGAAUAUCAUAAGCCAUCCAUUGUUAUUAGGCCACCAGCAAAUGCUGAAAAAGGCAGUGUUGAAUCUCCUAAGCCCUCUAUUGUGAUACGUCCGCCUGCUGUCAAAGACAGGGGGAAACAGCACAAAAAAAUAGUUAUCAGACAACCUAAGGAGUUCGUUGAUCUUGACCAGGUCAGUCAAGAUGGAAGCACUGGGUUUGAGCACCCAAAAAUUAAAACCAUUGCUGAAUUAUCGGGUGUGGAUAUGCAAAUGAAGCCUACGACUUGGCAUUUUUCGGGAGAGUCAGCCAAGAAGAAAUCGAGAGAAGAGAGAAGAUGGUGGGAGGAGGAAGAGAAAAGGAGACAUACAGAAAGAUUAAGGGAAGAGCGAUCAAGGAGGUUUUAUGCCGAAGAUAACACCGGGUUUGCAGAAGAAGGAGUAGUUGAGCUAAGAAGAUAUGAAGAAGCUGUAAGAAGGGAGAGGAUGGAAGAAGAACAACAGAAAGCCAAGAAGAAGAAAAAGAAGAAAAAACAUGAAUUUAGUGAUGACUAUUUGGAAGAUUACAGGGCAAGCAGAAGGAUGCCAGAAAGAGAACGCAGUACAAAAAAAAGACCCAUGGUUGAAUUGGGGAGAUAUGCUGCAGAACAAGCCUCCGCAACAAAACGUCGCCGAGGUGGAGAGGUUGGCUUGGCAAACAUCUUGGAAGGCAUUACCGACCAACUCAGAAACAGCCUAGAGGUGUCGUAUCUUUUCCUAAAACCGGUUUCCAAGAAAGAAGCUCCCGACUAUUUGGACAUCAUAGAAACUCCCAUGGAUUUGUCGACAAUUAGAGAUAAGGUAAGGAAGAUAGCAUACAAGGACAGACAAGAGUUCAGACACGAUGUCUGCCAGAUCGCUAUUAAUGCUCACUUAUACAACGACGGACGCAACCCGGGUAUUCCCCCCCUUGCAGAUCAGCUUUUGGAAAUUUGUGACUACUUGCUUAAUGAACAAGACUAUAACUUGUCACAAGCUGAAGAAGGGAUCGGAUAUUAACAUCGAUUCAUCUCAUUUAUUUGUUUUAUAUCCCCCAAGCUAGAGAUAAAUUUUCUUCCUCUUUCCUUGGGGUUGUAAUCAUUUGUAGUUUAUAGCUUAUACGGCAGGCAAUCAUGCCCUUGUAAAAUAACUGUAUCAAAAUCCUUUUUAUUGUAUAUAAUUGAGUUCUUUGUUUUUAUACACAA